AUGCAUCAAAAGUUUGAAUCCAAAGGCAAAGUUUGCGUCACUGGUGCAGCUGGUUUUCUUGCUUCCUGGUUGAUCAGGCGACUCCUCUUGUCCGGUUAUCAUGUCAUAGGCACAGUUAGGGACCCAGGAAAUAAUAAGAAAUUAUCGCACCUAUGGAGUCUGGAAGGAGCAAAAGAGAGGCUGCAAUUGGUGAAGGCCGAUCUAAUGGAAGAGGGAAGCUUUGAUGAUGCAAUCAUGGGUUGUGAAGGCGUCUUCCACACUGCUUCGCCUGUGCUGAGAUGGCUUUCGUCUGAUCCAAAGGCUGAAAUCUUGACCCCUGCAAUUGAGGGUACAUUGAAUGUGAUGCGUUCAUGUAAGAAGAAUCCAUCACUAAAACGCAUUGUACUCACCUCAUCUUCUUCAACGGUAAGGGCAAGAGAUGAUCUCAACCCGAAUGUGCCUCUGGACGAGUCAUCUUGGAGCUCUGUGGAAAUUUGUGAGAGACUCAAGAUAUGGUAUGCUUUAUCGAAGACCUUAGCUGAAAGAGCAGCAUGGGAGUUCUGCAAGCACAACAACAUUGACCUAGUGACCAUUCUUCCCUCAUUUGUUAUUGGACCUAGUUUGUCACCUGAUUUAUGUACCACUGCAUCUGAUGUCCUUGGCUUGCUUAAAGGGAAAACUGAGAAAUUCCACUGGAAUGGAAGGAUGGGAUAUGUUCAUAUUGACGACGUCGCGCUCUCCCACAUCCUUGUUUACGAGCAUGAAAAUGCUUAUGGAAGGUACCUCUGCAGUUCAAAAGUUGUCGAUAAUAAUGAGCUAGUAGAAAUGCUAUCGGCGCGCUAUCCAAAUUUUCCUAUCCCCAAGAGGUUCGAGCCACUUGAUAGGCCACAUUAUGAUUUUGACACCUCUAAGCUAAAGAGUUUAGGAUUCAAGUUCAAGAGUAUUGAGGAGAUGUUUGAUGAUUGUGUUGCAUCUUUGAUCGAACAAGGCCAUCUUUCUUCAGCCUAGCUACAACAACUAAGUGAAUCAUAUAUAUAUGU